AUGGAAAAAAUUAACAAUUUAACUAUGUUCAUUUUAUGGAGCCUUUCUCAGAACCCAAAUGUGGAAGAAGUUUCUAUUGUGGUGUUUUCUUUCUUCUACACAGCUAUUCUUCUGGGAAACCUUCUCAUCAUACUGACAGUGUAUGGCAAUCUUCUCAAGUCUCCUAUGUAUUUCUUUCUCAACUAUUUGUCUUUGGUAGACAUCUGUUUCUCCUCAGUCACAGCUCCGAAGUUGGUUUUUAAUCUAUUAGUCAAAAGGAUAACUAUUUCCUAUAUUGGGUGCAUGUUGAAACUCUUUGGGGUACAUGUCUUUGGUUCCACUGAGAUCUUCAUCCUCAUUGCAAUGACUUAUGAUCCGUAUGUGGCCAUCUGUAAACCCUUACACUAUAUGACCAUCAUGGACCAGGACAGCUGUAAUAUAAUGUUGCUGGGGACUUGGGUUGGUGGGUUCUUACACUCUGUUAUCCAGAUGACUUUGGUGGUCCAGCUCCCUUUUUGUGAACCCAAUGUGAUUGAUCACUACUUUUGUGAUGUCCACCCUAUGCUCAAACUGGCCUGCUCAGACACAUAUGUUGUUGGUGUUGUUGACACAGCCAAUAGUGGAACCGUCUCCCUGGGGGGCUUUAUUAUCUUGAUAAUCUCCUACACUGUCAUCCUGGUGUCCCUGAGAAAGCAGUCAGCAGAAGGCAGGCGCAAAGCUCUCUCAGCUUGUGGCGCCCAUGUUGCUGUGGUCAUAAUCUUUUUUGGUCCCUGUACUUUCAUUUAUAUGUGCCCUGAUACUACUUUUGCUGUGGAUAAAAUGGUGGCUGUGUUCUACACCAUUAUCACCCCCAUGUUAAACUCCAUGAUUUAUACACUGAGGAAUACAGAAGUAAAAAAUGCAAUGAAGAAAGUGUGGUGUAGGAAGGUAUUCUUGCAGGCUAAUGACAAGUAA